AUGAACAUCGAAAAUGGGCCCACAUCUUCGGCGAAGCGACAAUAUUGCCGGUUAUGUUUGGGAAAGGAAGAGCAAUUAUUAGAUAUUUUCAGUGCCCCGCAAACCACAGAUCGGGAGGAAACUUUGGCGGUGCGAAUACAAGGCUGCCUGCAGCUGGAUAUCACACAACAUGACAGUCUACCGAAAUGGAUCUGCAAACAGUGUUUGGAGAAGAUAGACGACUUUACCAGUUUUCGGGAUCGUUGCAAACAGAACGAGCGUAAACUACUGCUGGGGGAGGUUAAUGGUCCGGGAGUGAGUUUUCCCAUUGAUGAAGAUGCCGACGCACAGACGGGCAAUGAUGAUGAGGAUGAUGAAGAAUUGGAAAUGAUUGUUAUCGAUCCGUCACAAGAUUACGAAAGCUCGAACGACAGUCUUCCAAACGAAGCUUAUGGUGAGAAAAAUGUGACGACCGAUUCUUACCUUCAGCCGCUGGGACCCUUUGGUAUUCAACCUGAACCAACCGCGGAAGAAGAGGACGGCGAAGGUUCAGAGAUAGAAGAAGGUGAAGAGGAGGAAGAGGACGACGAUGAAGGGGAAACCAAAUGUGAUACAGUAGCGGAAGAAACGCGCAACGGAUUACCGGCACAUACGGGCAGUACCACCACUCCCACAAAGAAAACGGUCGUUUAUACGUGCAAGUACUGUGACGUAGCGUUUGGGGCUGCUUCCGCCUGUCAGUUGCACGAGAUGCAGGGUCAUGACCUGUUGGCACCGUACGGUUGCAUGUACUGCCAGUAUAAAACCUCCAUCCGGACGUAUCUGAUUACGCACAUACGAGAUUCCCACAGUCUAACCCGGCCGUACAUUUGCGUGCAGUGCAAUAAGGGAUUCUUGCGCCGGUCCGAUCUCAAAAAGCACACGUUCGUCCACACGGGCAUUCGUCCGUACGCGUGCGAUCAGUGCAGCAAAAGCUUUUCGCGCAACACGAAUCUUAAAAAGCACAUGCGUACCCAUCUCGGGUUGAAACCGCACGUGUGUCACCUUUGUCCGCGAUCGUUUGCAAACAAGGCGGAUCUUGUGCGGCACCGGAGUUACCAUACGGAGCAGGAACCGCAAUACUCUUGCAUACGGUGUGGAACGUUGUACACGCAGAAGGAUAAGCUGUACGAGCAUGAGCGGUAUUGUAUGGGGAAGUCGUCGUUGUUUGGCUUGGGGUCGACUGCGCUAGUGGAACCAACGAAACAUGACACACCGUUCGUGGGUGAUUUGGGUGGUGCCCAAAUUCCACCUCUUCCACAGCCAAGUGUACCGGUGGAACCUACCCGAACUGAACCGAUCGUAAAUGAUCCAUCAAGCUUCGUCAGUGGCGAUACCUUGGUCACUUUGAACGUUCCCCAGACACCACCUUCGAGUAAGAUUUACAAUUGCUCGAAAUGCCCGAAACGGUUCCUCAGUAAAGCGAGCCUUCGCGCACACCAGACUAUCCACCCGGCCAAUGACAAGGGUAAUUAUGAAUGUCCCCGGUGUGAUAAACAAUUCGUCAUUAAGCGUGAUUUCGAUCAUCAUCUUCAAACGCACCCGGAGCUGAAACCGUACCAGUGCACAACCUGCAGCAAACGGUUCUCUCGCAAGGAUAAGCUUCACCGUCACGAGCGCAUUCAUCAACCGGAACGGAACUUAUCCUGUCCGGACUGUUCGGCAAAAUUCGCACGGAAGGAUGCGUUCGAGGCGCACCUUAAGAUUCAUUGUAAUCCAAACGUCGAAGGUUCACUAGCAACCGGUCUGCUUACCUCGAUGGGGCAUACACUCGGAGGCACGGAGAUGAUGGUACCGAUGUCGAUGCAACAACAUUCCCUGCUGUAUUCCAUGGUUAGGGAAGAUGGCACGUUGGCGGUCGAUCCGUCGAUUAGUAUGUGA